GCAGAGAAGGUAAACUAAGCUUCCUGAGACGUCAAAAUUGUACAACAGAGUCUGCUCCCCGAGAAGACUCCAGCCUGACCGGAGAUGGCUCCCCACCACAUGUGGCUCUUGUUCCUUUGCCUGCAAACCUGGCCUGAAGCAGCAGGAAGAGAUGCCGAUUCACUCGUGGUGAAUGGGAUUCUUGGGGAGUCGGUUACUUUCCCCUUACAUAUUCAAGAGCCACAGAAAGUUAAGAACAUUGCAUGGGUUUCUAAGUCAUCCGUUGCUUUUGUAAAACCAGGACUCCAAGGAGCACCACCUGACGUGACUGUGACCCAGGCCACUUAUGAAGGACGAAUAGCUGUCAUAGAUCAGAACUAUGACCUAGUCAUUACAGACCUGAGGGUGGAAGAUGCAGGAACUUAUAAAGCAGACAUAAAUACAGAGAAUACCAUCACCACCACAAAGCUCUAUCACCUUCAUAUCUACCGUCGGCUUGGAAAACCAAAAAUUACACAGAGUUUAGUAACAUUUUCAAACAAUUCUUGUAAUGUCACACUAACAUGCUCUGUGGAGAAAGAAGAAAAGAAUGUGACAUACAGUUGGAGUCCCUUGGGAGAGAGAAGCAAUGUCCUUCAAAUCUUCCAGUCCCCUGAGGACCAAAAACUGACUUACACGUGUACUGCCCGGAACCCUGUCAGCAACAGCUCUGACUCUGUCACUGCCCAGCAACUCUGCACCGACAUUCCAAGCUUCCACCUUCGCCAUGCUGUGUUUCCAAGGGGACUGGCUGCUACUCUCACCCUGCUUAGUCUCGUCCCAGUUUUGGGACUUCUGUUCUAUUUGUACAAGAGAAGGCAUAGUAGGAUUCACCUGGAAGGUGACGUCUCAAAGGAAACAACAUUCCAUAAAAUGUUAAGAAGUGAUCGUCCCACAGAGUCCAGAAUCUAUGAUGAAAUUUCUGAGUCCAAGGUGCUGUCCCGCAAGGAGGAGCCAGUGAACACCAUUUACUCCUCAGUGCAGUUUUCUGAGAAGAUGCGGAAAAAUGACACAAAGGAUGGCAGACCUCCCAAGACUUUGGGUAAUGAAAUUAUCAUCUAGGUGAGCAGGCAGUGUUCUCCCACUGGGAACUGAAGUUACAAGCAGUGAUAGUGUGGGUGUCCUGGAGACCUAGACCUUCUUUGGCUAUCCCUUACCGGGGCACUGCAAACCACCACAUCCAAACACACAAGCAGAGUAACCUUCUGUUGUUGGGCAUUCCUUGUACCCAGCUGGGCUUAUGGUCACUUGCCCUUGCUUAUCCCUGAUAUGGUGCCUCCCAGACUUCUGCAUAUCACAGAACAUGUAAAAAUAUUUUUAUGGCACACUGGGUGAAAUUGCCAAGGUUGCUCAUGUUUAAAGAAGAUUGAAGAUAGCUGGAGAGUACUCAUGUCUAGACAUAAUGUCACUGCCCAGCAUCUGUCGGAAGAUAUCAAUAAAUAUUUUGGACACCUGGAACACACCAUGGCAUACCAGCUAGAUGCUCUGUGCAGACUCAACGUGUGUAUGGAACCCUGGUGCAAGGCCUCCACCAGUUGCUACAGUACCUGAAACAACUUAGGAAAGGCAUCCUUGGAGCCUAAAUAACCCAUCCCUUGAAUGCCAACUGUAGGAUACAUAGCAACCCCUACUCAUUCCUCAGCUCAGGAACCACCAUGCAGGACACAACUGCCACUAUUAGCCCAAAUACAGAUGACUGUGCAACCUGGAAAGCUGUGAGUUGUGGCCCUACCCCAGGCAGACACACUGUCUAAGUGUAGCAUGAUAGUGUGUUCUUUCUGUAGAGAUUUGACUGCUGGAGAUCUUCAGAAGCCUCCUAAGGUUCCCUUUCUGACCAGGCUUGCCUUCCCUGUGUAUUACUUCAGACAGCCUUGGCAAGAAGACACCAUACCCAAGAGCCUCACUCUCCAAAAAGAAUUGUUCAGCUACAUUGCUGACACCCUGAAGGAAGUGGGUGCAAGCAAACCAUCAAAACAAGAGACCUUGAAGAUCCCAGUAAUUGUGGGAUGCAUUGUGGGAACCUCCUCAGAGACACCACACAUGUUCUCAAGCUCCAUGCUUGCUUGUAACACAGUGCCUCAGCCAGGACGUAUGCCCCCAGCCUUGUCUGUUUACAUGCCAUCCAAUCCCACCUCAAAUAGUACCUCCUCUGUGAAGCUUUCCCUGGCAUUAAGUAGUGAAAUUUCUGUACCCCUCCCCCAUUCGUCCUUAUUUCACUUUAACUCAUUUCAUUUUGACUUACAGAAGAAUUAUUUGUUUCCUCUGUGUGACAGAUACAUUUUUUAAAUCUGUUACUUUCAUUUACUACUUAAUUUCCAUUUGCAUUUGCCAUAAGCCAACAUAACACAUUGUAGCCUGUGUAAGAGCAAUAAAUGCUGUUGAAUAGAAAUCCAAGUGAGGAGUCAGCUCAGAGGCACACAUUGAAUGCAGAGAUAGAUAAAAGCCGAUAGACACAGGGCAGCCAAUUUACACUAAACAUUAGUCAUAAAGAUGCAGACACCGACUAUAGUCGAAUUGCAAGGGCAUUUGGAGGGAAAAGACUUUCCGACAGACCAACUAAGAGGGCACCUAAAGCCAAGUGUACUGAUAAAUGCCUAUAAUCCCAGAACUGAGAAGGCAAAGACAACUUCAGCUACACAACCAGUAAAAGCCCAGCCUGGGCUAUAGAAGACUCCCAUCUUUAAGAAACAAAAAACAAAAAUUUUUUCUUCUCCUUGGAGCAUGCCCUCCAUACUAGGUCAGCUGAAGUGACCUGGGCAUGAAGAGGCAGUACCCUGGAGAGUUACACAUGGAAAGGAAUACAGAGACUUGACCAUAAAGGAUGGAGACAAGUCAAAGUUACACUUGACUUCCUCAGAGUCACUCCUCAUCCUGUAGUUGAGCUGAGGAGUCUUGGACAGAUCUCGUUCUUCAACUUGCCCCUUCCUCUCCCUGAUGAGGGCACAUUUUAAAGCCCUGGUAUACAGUGCCAAAUAGAAAGGACCAGAGGCAAGAGUUCUUUAGGCAUUCUACAAGACCAAUUCUGUUUGAAGCAUGGGAGUUCUUAAGGUGGCCUUUGGGUUCAGGACCAUUCUGCAUUUGUUUCUUUUUUAGGAAUCUUGUGAUUUGCAAAGAUACAAGCUAUUCACUCCUUCCUUUGGACUCAGUUCUCAGAUUCUUCUGAAAAAUUAGAGUUAUAUUAUUUUCCUAUUUAAAUAUUUCUAAAUCAACUAGGUUGUGGCCAAUAGGUCCAUGAAAAUCAAAGUAUACUUUCAAUAGGACAGGAUCUCUUACUAGCCUACAAUGUGCUCACAUACACACACAAUUGAGAUGUCCAACACAGUGCCCUCUAGUGAAAAGUGCUGGUGAGCCAGGAUGACCCCUCUUCACAAAUAAAAGACUUCAUGGAGGAUUCAACUAAGUAAAUGAGAAGUUGCAACUCAUGCUCCCCAAGGAAUGGGGAAAUGGAACUAUUUAAAAAUAUUUUAAUCUAGACAGCACACAAGAGAAGAGCUUGGCUGGGCAUGAAGAAGCCCAUGUGGUCUGCGCUAGAUCAACAGAUACCGGCCUUAGCUAAAAUGUAGUGAGAAGAAAUUAUUGAGCCAGAGUUUCUUCCAAAUUUAUGCCUAUUUUGACUUUUUUCUGAAUUUCCCUUGAUUUGUAUAGUUUUCUAAAGAGUAUAGUCUCUACUGGCUAUAAAUGAAGCUUGAAAAACAAAGACAAACAGAAGAAAACAUGAAUGAUCAGAAAUGUGGGCUCUGACCCUGGAGUACCUAAAUCUAAAACCUAGUUUCCUAGUGACCUUGGAGCAAGUCACUUGAACCUCCUGUCCUCAGGUUGCCCAUCUAUAAAAUGGAUAUACCUAUCUUGGUUGGUUGUGAGCAUUAAGUGAGAUGUUACUAUAAGAAUAUGCCAGAACACAGAGCAUCCUGGGUCCUUUUAAUUCAUUCCUUGUGACUAAGGCUAUUUUGUUACAGGCCCAUCUGUUCCUUCUGUCCUACAAACACACCAGUCUACUCACCUACCUGUGUCCUCAAAGAUACAGAAAAGACAAUGGCUAUAUCUAAAUAAUAAUUAAAAUGAAAUGGAGAGCUCUUGUAGGGCAAAGAGUUUGUAACAAUUCACUUGGGACUUAUUUUGCAUAUCAACCAUUACUACAUUGUAUAUUGUAGCCAAUACAACAGCCCUGUAAAGCAGAAAUUAAUUCUUCUAGUUUGCAUUAGGACUAAAGGAAUAAAAACAUUGGCAAAAUCAGAAAUCUGGGAAGACAGGAGUUGAAUGUGAGAUUUCAUACAUUUGCACCCUGACAUACAGCCUCAGACUGUGGAUCCCCUGACAACUGGCCUCAGACAUAGCACACAUCUGACAUUUUCGCAUAAUAGAUGGAUCACCAAACAUCUGUUGAAUGAAUACUUGCAUAGAAUAUUAUUUUAAAGCUACUAAAAGUAGAUCAAUGCAAAUAUACUGACAUGUUAAUUCCAUUGUUGUGCUGGUCAACCACACAAAUUUUCUGUUGGCAAUGACCAUCAAAAUAAAGAAGCUUGUGUAAAGUUUUUUGACUGCA